CACCUCCCUUUAUUUAAUCACCUAUCUAUAUAUUUCAUAUCCAUCAAAAACACUUUCAUACAACAAAAUAACACAAAAAGAAAAAAAACAGUAUGGGGAGGCCACCUUGUUGUGAUAAAAUUGGUGUCAAAAAAGGUCCUUGGACUCCUGAAGAAGAUAUCAUAUUAGUAUCUUAUAUUCAAGAACAUGGUCCUGGAAAUUGGAGAUCAGUCCCUACUAAUACUGGAUUGAUGAGAUGCAGCAAAAGUUGUAGGCUAAGGUGGACAAAUUACUUGAGGCCAGGAAUCAAAAGGGGGAAUUUCACUCCACAUGAAGAAGGAAUGAUUAUCCAUCUUCAAGCUUUGUUGGGUAACAAAUGGGCAGCUAUAGCUUCGUAUCUACCUCAAAGAACAGAUAAUGAUAUCAAGAAUUACUGGAACACGCAUCUCAAGAAAAAACUCAAGAAAUUCCAAAUAGAACUGGAUUCACAUAAUUUGCCUCUUCCUCCUCCUAAUUUAGAAAAUUCUAACACUAAUAACUAUGAUCAUCAUCAUCAAUUCACAAAGUUAUUGAACUCUCCAAAUUCUUCAUCAUCAUCAUCAUCAUUAUAUGCUUCUAGUACUGAAAAUAUUUCAAGACUUCUAGAAGGUUGGAUGAGAUCUUCCCCUAAUCCUUCUAGAAGAAACAAUAUUGAUCAUGAUGAAAUGUUGCAUGAGGCACAAAAGGAAUUACAAGAUCAAGAUGGAGGAGUUAGCAAUGAUGAUGUUGUAAUAAUUCCAAAUGUGAAUGUUGAUUGUGAAAGUAGUGAAGUUGUUACACAUGAAAAGACAAGUCCUCCUCCAUUCACAUAUCUUGAAAAAUGGCUACUAGAAGAAAAUGGUGGUCAAGUUGAAGAACUCAUGGAACUUCCAAUGAUAUUCACAUAAUAAUAUUAAUUAUUUCUCUUUAAUUACAACUUAUGACUACUUUUUUUUUUCUUGUGUGGAGUUUAUUUGGGGGGGGCAUGCAUGCAUGGCCUAUUAUUCGAAGAAAGCGUAAUAGCUUACUGGUUCAUGAGUGAGAUCAACAGAAAUGAUAAGAUCGUGAAAAUUGCUUUUUCAAGUGUAUUUAGCAGAACGUUCUACCAAUCAAGGAAGGUUUUUAACUUCAUGGCAUGGGAAUUGUACUAAUGUUCGAGUGAUGAAAUAAGGUUUUUGAUGACAGGAUCUGGACGAAGUCCUUAAGAUGUGUGUUAAGUUUUAAGUUAACAUAGUUCUAAUUUUAUGUAACUUUUCUAAUUAUAAUUAUAUGUUAAAAUAAGCUCCAUGAUAA